GAGACCAUAUUGGACACCUCUUCCGACAAGGCUGCGUUUUACGCCGUCCAAAUUCCUGCCCACGUCCGCCGGUGGCUGCCCUUGGGCAAACGCUGACCCGGAGAAGGAGUAGGAGCCUCCAGCCUCGGUGAGGGCGCCGUGACGCCGUCGACGCGAGCGCAUGGCGUACCGGACGCCUUCAAGCGUGCGGACCCACGUCUCCGUCCCGACGAGCGACGACCCGCGCGUCAAGGACGUGAGGGAGCUUAGAGUGGAUGCGCAGCGGCUCCUCGACUCGCGCGAGCGCGACGAGCCCGAAGGCCUCGCGUCGCCUUCUAGAGGAGACGAGGAAGCUAGAAGCCCCGUCGAGGCCUUUUUUGACGACGAGGCGCCCGCGCCGGAUUAUGAUGGUACUCUUGCAUGUGCGGGCGCGCCGGCGCCGGCGCCCGCCGAGGACCCGUCUCUGCUCAGGUGCGCCUGGCGCGAGCUCGGGAGCACGCGAGGUUUGCAUUUCUGGCCCCGCGACUCCUCACCAAAAGCAGUGGCACUGCUGCUCCCGAGCUCGGACGGCGGCCUCGGACCGGGAGUAGCAAGGUACCCCCAAGCUUUAGAGAAAUGCCACACUCAAAGAGGCAGAGGGGCCCUCUUUUUACGAUUAGCACAUGAACUUGCGACGGGCCGUUGUCAUACGUGGUCGUACGAAGACACCGGGAGUCAAUUGAAGUGGCAGACGAACCACCACGGUAAAUUUGUCGAGGAGUUUGUGUCUGGUGAUGUUUCAUCCUUGAUCCUGGACUGGUCGGCCGUGCGGAAGAAAAAGAUGAAAUUGGCAAGGCAAGGUAGUCUGGAGACGGCGGUCGACGACGCGUUCAUCGCGUGUGCUUGGUUGAUGGAGCAGUACCCGCGCGCGUACGUGCUGAUCGUCGGCCAUGGGUUUGGCGGGGCUGUGGGCUGGGCGUGCUUGGAUAGGUUGCAACGCAAGGGGCUCGGACAUAGAAUCGGCGGCACGGCGACGAUCGCGGGCCAUGCCUUCGGCGGCGACGCGUACGACUUGCGGAACCUGUCGACGCCGCCGUGCAUCGAUCGAUCAAGUUGCCCGUGCCUGUUCUUACACGGUUCGAGGGACGGCAACGUCGCGCUGCAAAUCUCGGAGUUCCUGCACGCGAAAGCUCUGGCCCGAAAAAAAAGCAGAGGCAGUUCAUUAACGAUAGUGUCCGGCGCGGACCACGGCUUCGCGUCGCGCCGGGACGUCGCGUUCACGGCGCUGCGGGACUGGGCGCUCGGCACAUUACCAAAAGGGCAAAUACCAAUCGCCAAACGAAAGAAGAAGAAGAGGAAGCCCAAGAUCAUCGUCGUCGACGACGACGACAACUCCGUCGAGGAUGUCUUAGACGCGACGCCCUUUUCGCGUUUGGUCGGCAAGCGCGACCCGCACCGGUCGAAGAACCGCAUCAAGCUGCGGAAGGUGAAGCCUCUCGAAAAACCGACGCAUCCCUUGUGCGGGAUGUGUGGGUUCUGGGAGCUGGAUAAGUAG